AGUAGUGGGACUAGGCAAGCGCAACCGAUGGGUGGUAGUGUGGACGUUGUUACUGAUGUGGAAAUCUCUAACUCCCCCAAGGGGUCAGCAAUCCCUAACGAGUUGGCCGUCGCCCCAGGGCCUGUGUUUCCGAAACCAACAUUUUCUUUGGGUCUAACUCAGGAAGAACCAAAGAAGGGAGAAACAAGUAGUGUUGUUAUAACCGAGGAAUCACGUGGCAAAGUGGUUAACGAAGAUUGCACUGGUGUUGAAGUCCCCGACCCGCCUGGCCCAUUUCUCCCUUGCAGGAAAAGCAAGCGGCAGAAGGUUGUUCCGAAAGCGUUAGUCGGUGACUACAGAUGUGAAAAAACAUUCCUAAGUAGGGCUUGGGAGGCUCAUGUUGCGUCAAAGACGAGUGACGAUUCCAUUGGUCUUGCAGCAAAAUUCAGUCAACUUAUUGACAUGCUUAAAUCUCAUUUUGCCUUCACCGUUAAUGGAGUAAGAAUCAGCAGCAAAGACAUGACCGUAAUGCUGGAAAACUCAUCCCAUCUACCACCCAAGGUUGUUGAUUUGCUCAUUCAUCACACGCGGGCCUUAUAUAACUCCGACACAGAAAAAUUUGCAAAGAAUCAGUCAGUGUUCCUGGACACAAAGUUUGUGUCCCAGUUCUCGAAGACUUAUGUUCGGUUCUCCAAGGUGGUAAACAAAGAUAGUUUUAUGUUUCCCGCUUCACUGUUGGAAAGUUUUAAUGCGGCAUGCACCAACCUGGAUCCCUCUCGCUACUACUUCCCAUUUAACUUGGAUAAGUCACACUGGGUUGGAGGGUGCGUAGAUGCGACAAGUUGCCACCUAGUUGUAUUGGAUUGCAACACCUCUAUCCGCACUGAUCGGAUGAUGUGCAAUGAGCUGCAGCCUUUUGCAGUCAUGUUCCCAUAUUUACUCAGAAAGGCUGGGAAACAUAUCAGCAUGAAAGACAUGAAGGCGCUUGCGUUUGACAGACCCCGAACGGUUCCACAGAACCACAAUCAGUUCCAAUCUGCAGUUACUACGGUGCUCCUUAUUCAAGCUCACGCAUUUGGUGGUCUAGAAGUCUGCAAAUUGAUACACCCAAAUGUUGUGGAAGGGGAGGUAGAACGAGUUGCAGUUAACAUUGUCGAGAGAUACCAUGGCAUCAUAUGAACUUCUUCCCAUUUCUAUCUUUUAUGUAUCCGAACUUUGUAAUGCUUGUUGUCUUAGUUAUGGAACUCUGCACUCCUCUUUCUAAGUCGUUAUUGGAAACCUAUAUGUUUGUUAUAUG